AUGAUCCACGGAGACAACAAGGGUCUUGUUCUUCCUCCCAGGGUAGCUCAAUACCAAGUCGUCAUUGUCCCCUGCGGUCUCACCGCAAAGACCACCGAAGAAGAGCGUAAGAGGCUUCUUGGAGGUGUCGAGGACAUCGCCACAACUCUGUCUCAAGCCGGCAUCCGCGUCAAAGCAGACACCCGCGAAACCUAUUCCCCAGGAUACAAAUUCAACGACUGGGAAUUGAAGGGGGUUCCGGUGAGAUUGGAGUUUGGACCCAAGGAUAUGGAGAAGAAACAAGUCCUUUCUGCCCGUCGCGAUACUGGCGUCAAGGUCGGUAUCCCCCUUAGCGGCCUCGCAGAAAAGGUUCAGACACUCUUAGACACUAUCCAGAAAGACCUCUACGAUAAAGCUAAGAAGGCAUACGACGAUCAUACUAUCAUUGUCAAGAAGUGGGAGGACUUUACUCCCGCAUUGAAUGCUAAGAACGUUGUUCUCAUGCCGCAUUGCGACCAAGAGGAAUGCGAAGACGAAGUCAAAGAACGUAGCAAAGGCCGCAAUGACGACGACGCCCCAGAAGACGCAAAAGCUCCAUCAAUGGGUGCGAAGUCUCUCUGCAUCCCAUUCGACCAGCCAAAAGGUGACGACACCAUCAUCCCGGGAACAACAAAGUGUGCGCAGUGUGGUGAGAACGCUAAGCAUUACACUCUCUUUGGAAGAUCCUACUAGACAUGGUUUCUUACACCUUAUACCUCUCCCCCUCCCUCCUCUUCUUCCAUUAAAUCUUUUGUUUUUUGUGGUUGAUUGGGGAGUAAUUUAAAAUUUACUGCUUUGCGAUGA